AUGUUGAAACAGCUGUCGUUACGUCAAAAAUCAUUCAUCGCGUUGUUGAAGGAAAAGAAAGAAAAAGAACUGCAAAAAAGAGGCGAAAAAGUCGAUGAUUUGCAGUACGAAAUUAGUGAUAAUACUAUCAGAAAGAGGAGUGUGUAAUUGGACUUGUAACGUUUUAUUGGCGUGGAAGAUUUUCUUGUGGCGGAAUCAGGAAGGAAGGUGUUGCGGCAAAAGAUAAAUUCAUUGACUAAGUAACAAUCUACAUGUGGGAUUAUGUUGGAUUCCCCUGAAAGUCCACAGUACAGCAUUAAUGCUGCUGAUCCAUAUCCGGAAAUCAGUGAUGAUGAAUCUCCACUUAUUUACGGAUCCACACCAACAGUCGAUGGCAAAUUCCCAAAGACUCGACAUAUUCUGGGACUUAUGGGCUUCCUGGGCUUCGCCAAUGUCUAUGCAAUGCGCGUAAAUUUAUCCGUGGCUAUUGUAGCUAUGGUCAAUCACACUGCCAUACCGGUGAUCAAUAAUUCCACCCUGGAUGAUGUUUGCCCAAUGCCGGGGAAUGAUACGGAUGACACACCAGCGGUUAAUGGGGAAUUUGCAUGGGAUGAAUCGACACAGGGAAUUGUUCUUGGUGCCUUCUUCUACGGGUAUGUCCUCACGCAAAUCCCCGGUGGACGUAUGGCUGAGACAAUGGGUGGAAAGAUGAUCUAUGGCAUAGGUGUCCUCAUAACGGCUAUCUUUACAUUCCUCACACCAAUUGCAGCGUACUGGAGUUUACCGGCAUUGGUGGUGGUGCGUGUGAUUGAGGGAAUGGGGGAGGGUGUAACAUUUCCAGCAAUGCAUGCAAUGCUGGCCAAAUGGAUACCACCGUUGGAGCGUAGUAAAUUUGCAGCUGUUGUGUAUGCUGGGGCGAAUUUUGGGACAAUUAUCUCACUCCCACUGUCCGGGUGGAUGUGCUCAAUGGAUUUCCUCGAUGGGUGGCCAUUGGCUUUCUACCUCUUUGGUGCCUUAGGGGUGGUAUGGUUCAUCUUUUGGAUGUACCUCGUUUACAAUUCACCGGCACAGCAUCCGAGGAUUACGCCCGAGGAGAAAUUGUACAUUCAACGGAGUCUGGCAAGGCGGGAUGAUGAGCUUUUGGAUACAAGUGGUGAUGAUUCCGUGCCUUGGCGUAGUAUCUUUACAUGCCUGCCCAUGUGGGCUAUUCUUGUAACACAGUGCGGUCAGGCUUGGGCUUUCUACACACUACUCACUGAACUACCCACCUAUAUGGAUAAUAUUCUUCAUUUUGGCAUCAAUGCCAAUGCUUUCCUGUCAUCCGUGCAAUUCCUCACGGCGUGGAUCUUUGGGAUUGUUUCCUCCAUUGUGGCAGAUUGGAUUUUGGCAAAGGGUUGGUUGAGUCAGAAGAAUUCUUACAAAUUGUGGAAUUCAAUUGCCUCAAUUGUGCCCUCAAUUGGGCUUGUUGGGGUAGCCUGGGUUGGAUGCAACUGGAAAUUAGCUAUGUUAAUGUUGGCAGGAUUUGGGGCAUUUCAAGGUGCUGUCUAUCCGGGUAAUCAAAUGAAUCACAUUACGUUGAGUCCACGAUAUGCUGGAACUAUGUUGGGUAUUACAAAUGCUGCAGGUAAUACAUGCGGCUUCCUGGCACCGUAUAUUAUUGGCUCAAUUAUCAAAGGCAACGAAACACUCUCAACGUGGCGAACGGUCUUCCAUUUGGCUGCAGCAAUCAACGUGGCGGGUAAUUUCUUUUAUCUCUUCUUUGCCUCUGCCGAUGAGCAACCGUGGUCAAAACGUCGACGACCAGCACCAUGAAGGGAUAUAGCUCAAAUUCUCUAACAAGUAAGCAUAUUCUCACCCUUUGUGAGUCGCUUGCCCAAAGUCCCAAAAGGCGCAAAACAUGGGAAUUUGGCAUGCGAAAGUGGAUUUAUCAUUGUGAUUUAUGACCAAAUGUGCUUUCGUAACUUCCUAAAUAAUUUAAUUUUGAAGUGCAUUUAGAAAAAAAAAAAGAAUAUUAAUCAGUAUGACCCAUUUGAGGGGAUUUUUUUUUAAAUUAAUUAAUUACCUAAAUAUAUACAUUUUUUUAUUAAUCAUGACGCAAUACUGCACUCCUACUUAAAAAGUAAAAAAAAAAACUACGAAUUUGUGUACAAAAGAAAGAAGAAAAGAGGAAGAAUAUAAAUUAAUAUUUUUAUUAAGAAA